AUGGGGAGGGCACCGUGCUGCGACAAGAAGGGGCUCAAGAAGGGGCCGUGGACGCCGGAGGAGGACAAGCUCCUCGUCGACUACAUCCAGGCCAACGGCCACGGCAGCUGGCGCCUCCUCCCCAAGCUCGCAGGGCUGAAUCGGUGCGGCAAGAGCUGCCGGCUGCGGUGGACGAACUACCUCCGGCCGGACAUCAAGCGCGGGCCCUUCACCGCCGAGGAGCAGAAGUCCAUCGUCCAGCUCCACGGCAUCGUCGGCAACAAGUGGUCCAUGAUCGCGGCGCAGCUGCCCGGCCGGACCGACAACGAGAUCAAGAACUACUGGAACACCCACCUCAAGAAGCAGCUGCGCCGGAUGGGCCUCGACGAGCCCCCGCCCGGCCCGGCCGCCGGUUGCCCGGCCGCGCGUCACAUGGCGCAGUGGGAGACCGCGCGGCUCGAGGCCGAGGUGCGACUCUCCCUCCUCUCCUCCUCCGGCGCCGCCGCUGCGACGACGAUCACCGCCACCACCUCCGCCUCGUCGUCGUCCACCGCGGGGCCCGUCCCCGUGGCGACGCCCGCCGAUGUAUUCCUCCGCCUCUGGAACUCCGACAUCGGGGACUCCUUCCGCAAGCUCGCCGCUGCAGCUGUGGCAGAGUCCCCUUCGACAGUGAAAGCCACGAACGACGCUGUGAAGCAGGAGGAGGCGGCGGCGACCGGGGAUGACUCCUCGGCGGCGUCCAACGAGGUGGAGGUGGCCGAGGCGGUGGACGAGUACCAGAUGUUCCUCGACUUCGCCGGCGAGGAGCUGGGCCUGUUCCACGGCCGGCAUGGCGGCUUCUCGCUGUUCCCGCCGGUCGACUUGCUCGAGGCGUCGCUGGAAACGGCGUUCAAGUGAGAGCGUGAGACGUCGACCUUGCUAGCUGCGCGCCAUGUACGUACGUGGCAGGCAGACGCAGUGCCUCGACGUGCUCGUGUGUACGUACGUAUGUAUAUAAGCAAGUGUUCUUGGCGUCCGGAGCGUACGCGCGGCCGUAUGAAGGCACGAUACGUGAGAAAAUUUUGGGUUCAGUUAGGGGUUCUGAUGAUAAUCUGUAGCUUGGGUUAAUGCAUGGGGGACAUCAUAGUGUGUAUUACGGCCUUUUGAUGGCAUUCUGUGGGCAAGUGCCUACUGGAGAUGCUCUAAUACAUCCAAUGAUGUUCGAUCUUUCUUUAACGUGAUUAUGGAGCUUGUUUUACCUGCU